CCGGUCGGUAACAUUAUUUUCCUAGUGUGCAUCUCUGAAGCUAGCUAGCAGCACAGUAGCCGCUAAACAUGGCUACUGUUCUCCCACCCAGACCUUGCGAUAGCAACCCUGCAACCCCGGGAGUUCAGUCUGUAAAGGUAAACUUGGCAAAGAUAUCGGACUGGAAAUACUACUAUACACAUUGCUGGCCACAUACAUAUUAAUAAUGUGUUGAAGACACAACAUGCUAAGGUAGCUAACGUUAGUUAGCUGACAACACAACUCCUUUGUUUUAUUCAACCUACUGCCGUUUCGCUAGUUAGCUAACGUUAGAAAUACAAUUGUUAGCUAUCUAGCUAUUGGGGUUCGAUGUGUUGUAACUCUUGUGUCGUCGUUAGUUAACGACUAGAUAGUUUACGUUAUUAGCUAGCUAGCUAUCCAUAACGUUAACUACAUUUUACUUAGCUAGUCUAGCUAUCUAGGUAGGUACCUAGCUGUUUAAUACUAGUGUCAGCAUAUCAUUGUUUUUCAUUACAUCGUGUGUGUCAUUAUAAACUGGGUGGCUCGAGCCCUGAAUGCUGAUUGGCUGACAGUCGUGGUAUAUUUCAAGCAAUAAUGCAUGAGGGGGUGUGGUAUAUCAAAUCAAGUUGUAUUGGUCACACACAUAUUUAGCAGAUGUUAUUGUGGGUGUAGCAAAAUGCUUGUGUUUCUAGCUCCAACAGUGCAGUAGUAUCUAACAAUUCACAACAAUACACAAAUCUAAAAGUAAAAUAAUGGAAUUAGGAAAUAUAUAAAUAUUAUGAUGAACAAUGUUGGAGUGGCAUUGACUAAAAUACAGUAGAAUCGAAUACAGUAUAUACAGUACAUUUACAUAUUAGUCAUUUAGCAGACGCUCUUAUCCAGAGUGACUUACAGUUAGUGAGUGCAUACAUUUUCAUACUGGACCCCCAUGGGAAACGAACCCACAACCCUGGCGUUGCAAGUGCCAUGCUCUACCAACUGAGCUACAGGGGGCUCCAGUCAAAAGUUUGGACACACCUACUCAUUCAAGGGUUUUUCUUUAUUUGUACUAUUUUCCACAUUGUAGAAUAAUAGUGAAGACAUCUAAACUAUGAAAUAACACAUAUGGAAUCAUGUAGUAACCAAAAAUGAAAGCUUUGCACACUCUUGGCAAUCUCUCAACCAGCUUCACCUGGAAUGCUUUUCCAACGGUCUUGAAGGAGUUCCCACAUAUGCUGAGCACUUGUGGGCUGCUUUUCCUUCACUCUGCGGUCCAACUCAUCCCAAACCAUCUCAAUUGGGUUGAGGUCGGGUGAUUGUGGAGGCGAGGUCAUCUGAUGCAGCACUCCAUCACUCUCCUUCUUGGUCAAAUAGCACUUACACAGCCUGGAGGUGUGUUUUGGGUCAUUGUCCUGUUGAAAAACAAAUGAUAGUCCCAUUAAGUGCAAAACAGAUGGGAUGGCGUAUCGCUGCAGAAUGCUGUGGUAGCCAUGCUGGUUAAGUGUGCCUUGAAUUCUAAAUAAAUCACAGACCGUGUCACCAGCAAAGCACCCCCACACCAUCACACCACCUCCGCCGUGCUUCAUGGUGGGAACCACACAUGCGGAGAUCAUCUGUUCACCUACUCUGAGUCUCACAAAGACAAGGCGGUUGGAACCAAAAAUCUCAAAUUUGGACUCAUCAGACCAAAGGACAGAUUUCCACUAGUCUAAUGUCCAUUGCUCGUGUUUCUUGGCCCAAGCAAGUCUCUUCUUCUUAUUGGUGUGCUUUAGUAGUGGUUUCUUUGCAGCAAUUCAACCAUGAAGGCCUGAUUCACACACUCCCCUCUGAACAGUUGAUGAUGAGAUGUGUCUGUUACUUGAACUCUGUGAAGCAUUUAUUUGGGCUGCAAUUUCUGAGGCUUGUAACCCUAAUGAACUUAUCCUAUGCAGCAGAGGUAACUCCGGGUCUUCCUUUCCUGUGGCGGUCCUCAUGAGAGCCAGUUUCAUCAUAGCACUUGAUGAUUUUUGAAACUGCACUUGAAGAAACUUUCAAAGUUCUUGAAAUGUUCCGUAUUGACUGACCUUCAUGUCUUAAAGUAAUGAUGGACUGUCAUUUCUCUUUACUUAUUUGAGCUGUUCUUGCCAUAAUAUGGACUUGGUCAUUUACCAAAUAGGGCUAUCUUCUGUAUAUCACACCCCAAUCUUGUCACAACACAACUGAUUGGCUCAAACACAUUAAGAAGGAAAUAAAUUCCACUAAUUAACUUUUAACAAGGCACCUGUUAAUUGAAAUGCAUUCCAGGUGACUACCUCAUGAAGCUGGUUGGGAGAAUGCCAAGAGUGUGCACAGCUGUCAUCAAAGCAAAGGGUGGCUACUUUGAAAAAUCUCAAAUAUAUUUUGAUUUGUUUAACAGUUUUUUGGUUACUGGAUGAUUCCAUAUGUGUUUUUUCAUAGUUUUGAUGUCUUCACUAUUCUACAAUAUAGUAAAAAUAAAGAAAAUCCCUUGAAUGUGUAGGUGUGUCCAAACCUUUGACUGGUACUGUACAUAUUAGAUGAGUACAGCAGUAUGUAAACAAUGUUAACGUGACUAGUGUUCCAUUUAUUUAAGUGGCCAUAUCUUAUGUACAGUUGAAGUCGGAAGUUUACAUACACUUAGGUUGGAGUCAUUAAAACUAGUUUUUCAACCACUCCACAAAUUUCUUGUUAACAAACUAUCGUUUUGGCAAGUCGGUUAGGACAUCCACUUUGUGCAUGACACAAGUAAUCUUUCCAACAAUUGUUUACAGACAGAUUAUUUCACUUGUAAUUCACUGUAUCAAAAUUCCAGUGGGUCAGAAGUUUACAUACACUAAGUUGACUGUGCCUUUAAACAGCUUGGGAAAUUCCUGAAAAUUAUGUCAUGGCUUUAGAAGCUUCUGAUAGACUAAUUGACAUCAUUUGAGUCAAUUGUAGGUGUACCUGUGGAUGUAUUUCAAGGCCUACCUUCAAAUUUUUGCUUGACAUCAUGGGAAAAUCAAAAGAAAUCAGCAAAAAAAUUGUAGACCUCCACAAGUCUGGUUCAUCCUUGGGAGCAAUUUCCAAACGCCUGAAGGUACCACGUUCAUCUGUACAAACAAUAGUACGCAAGUAUAAACACCAUGGGACCACGCAGCCGUCAUACCGCUCAGGAAGGAGACACGUUCUGUCUCCUUGAGAUUAACGUACUUUGGUACGAAAAGUGCAAAUCAAUCCCAGAACAACAACAAAGGACCUUGUGAAGAUGCUGGGGGAAACAGGUACAAAAGUAUCUAUAUCCACAGUAAAACAAGUCCUAUAUCGACAACCUAAAAGGCCGCUCAGCAAGGAAGAAGCCACUGCUCCAAAACCGCCAUAAAAAAGCCAGACUACGGUUUGCAACUGCACAUGGGGACAAAGAUCGUACUUUUUGGAGAAAUGUCCUCUGGUCUGAUGAAACAAAAAUAGAACUGUUUGGCACUAAUGACCAUCGUUAUGUUUGGAGGAAAAGGGGUUGGCUUGCAAGCCGAAGAACACCAUCCCAACUGUGAAGCACGGAUGUGGCAGCAUCAUGCUGUGGGGGUGCUUUGCUGCAGGAGGGUCUGGUGCACUUCACAAAAUAGAUGGCAUCUUGAGGAAGGAAAAUUAUGUGGAUAUAUUGAAUCAACAUCUCAAGACAUCAGUCAGGAAGUUAACGCUUGGUCGCAAAUGGGUCUUCCAAAUGGACUAUGACCCCAAGCAUACUUCCAAAGUUAUGGCUUUAGGUCAACAAAGUAAAGGUAUUGGAGUGGCCAUCACAAAGCCCUGACCUCAAGCCUAUAGAACAUUUGUGGGCAGAACUGAAAAAGUGUGUGCGAGCAAGGAGGCCUACAAACCUGACUCAGUUACACCAACUCUGUCAGGAGUAAUGGGCCAAAAUUCACCCAACUUAUUGUGGGAAUCUUGUGGAAGGCUACCCAAAAUGUUUGACCCAAGUUAAACAAUUUAAAGGCAAUGCUACCUAAUACUAAUUGAGUGUAUGUAAACUUCUGACCCACUGGGAAUGUGAUGAAAUAAAUAAAAGCUGAAAUAAAUCAUUCUCUCUCCUAUUAUUCUGACAUUUCAAAUUCUUAAAAUAAAGUGGUGAUCCUAACUGACCUAAGAUAGGGCAUUUUUACUAGGAUUAAAUGUCAGGAAUUGUGAAAAACUGAGUUUAAAUGUAUUUUGCUAAGGUGUAUGUAAACUUUUGACUUCAACUGUAUAUAGGGCAGCAGCCUCGAAGGUGCAGGGUUGAGUAGCCGGGUGGUUGCUGGCUAGUGAUGGCUAUUUAACAGUCUGAUGGCCUUGAGAUAGAAGCAGUUUUUCAGUCUCUCGUCCCAGCUUGGUGCAACUGUACUGACCUCGCCUUCUGGAUGAUAGCGGGGUGAACAGGCCGUGGCUCGGGUGGUUGAUUUCCUUGAUCUUUUUUACCUUCCUGUGACAUUGGGUGCUGUAGGUCUCCUGGAGGGCAGGCAGUGUGCCCCCGGUGAUGCCUUGGGCAGACCGUACCACCCUCUGGAGAGCCCUGCGGUUGUGGGCGGUGCAGUUGCCGUACCAGGCGGUGAUACAGCCCGACAGGAUGCUAUCAAUUUUGCCUUUGUAAAAGUUUCUGAGGGUCUUAGGGGCCAAGCCAAAUUUCUUCAGCCUCCUGAGUUUGAAGAGGCGCUGUUGCGCCUUCUUCACCACACUGUCUGUGUGGGUGGACCAUUUUAAGAUUGUCAGUGAUGUGUACGCAGAGGAAAUUAAAGCUUUCCACCUUCUCCGCUGCGGUCCCGUCAAUGUGGAUAGGGGCGUGCUCCCUCUGCUGUUUCCUGAAGUCCACGAUCAGCUCCUUCAUUUUGUUGACAUUGAGGGAGAGGUUAUUUUCCUGGCACCACUCCGCCAGAGCCCUCACCUCCUCCCUGUAGGCUGUCUCGUCAUUGUUGGUAAUCAGGCCUACUACUGUUGUCGUGUGCAAACUUGAUGAUUGAGUUGGAGGCGUGCGUGGGCACGCAGUCAUUGGUGAACAUGGAGUACAGGAGGGGGGACUGAGCACGCACCCUUGUGGGGCCCCUGUUUUGAGGAUCAGCGAAGUGGAGGUGUUGUUUCCUACCAUAACCACCUGGGGCCGGCCCGUCAGGAAGUCCAGGACCCAGUUGCACAGGGCGGGGUUCAGACCCAGGGCCCCGAUCUUAAUGAUGAGCUUGGAGGGUACUAUGGUGUUGAAGGCUGAGCUGUAGUCAAUGAACAGCACUCUUACAUAGGUAUUCCUCUUGUCCAGAUGGGAUAGGGCAGUGUGCAGUGCGAUGGCGAUUGCAUCGUCUUUGGAUCUAUUGGGGCGGUAAGCAAAUUGAAAUGGAUCUAGGGUGUCGGGUAAUGUAGAGGGGAUAUGAUCCUUAACUAGCCUCUCAAAGCACUUCAUGAUGACAGAGGUGAGUGCUACGGGGCGAUAGUCAUUUAGUUCAGUUACCUUUGCUUUCUUGGGUACAGGAACAAUGGUGGCCAUCUUGAAGCAUGUGGGAACAGCAGACUUGGAAAGGGAGAGUUUGAAUAUGUCCGUAAACACUCCAGCCAGCUGGUCUGCGCAUGUUCUGAGGACGUGGCUAGGAAUGCUGUCUGGGCCGGCAGCCUUGCGAGGGUUAACACGCUUAAAUGUCUUACUCAUGUCGGCCACGGAGAACGAGAGCCCACAGUCCUUGGGAGCGGGCUGCGUUGUUGGCACUGUGUUAACCUCAAAGCGGACGAAGAAGGUUUUUAGCUUGUUUGGGAGCAAGACGUCGGUGUCCGUUACGUGGCUUGUUUUCCCUUUGUAGUCCGUGAUUGUCUGUAGACCCUGCCACAUAUGUCUCGUGUCUGAGCCGUUGAAUUGCGACUCCACUUUGUUUCUGUACUGACGUUUUGCCUGUUUUGAUUGCCUUACGGAGUUAAUAACUACACUGUUUGUAUUCUGCCAUAUUCCCAGUCACCUUGCCAUGGUUAAAUGUGGUGGUUCGCGCUUUCAGUUUAUACCACAAACCCCCGAGUUGCCUUAUUGCUAUUAUAAACUGGUUACCAAUGUAAUUAGAACAGUAAAAAUUAUAUAUUUGUCAUACCCCUGUCAGCCAAUCAGCAAUCAGGGCUCGAACCACCCAGUUUAUAACAGACCGUAUACCACGAGUAUGACAAAACAUUUAUUUUUACUACUCUAAUUACUUUGGUAACAAGUUUAUAAUAGCAAUAAGGCACCUCGGGGGUUUGUGGUAUAUGGCCAAUAUACCACAACUAAGGGCUGUAUCCAGACACUCCGCGUUGCGUCAUGCAUAAGAACAUCCCUUAGCCGUGGUAUAUUGGCCAUAUACCACCCCUCCUCCGACCAUAGUCCAAAUCAAAUGCUCUCUGUUUUGCCUCUAGGCAUGCCUAAUAAAUCAGACUGUGAUAACAAUUCAUGGUAUACAUUCUGAAACAAAACACUGCAAAAACUUGAAAAGUUUCCUUACAAUCCAGAAUGUUGAAUACAAGUACAUUUGAACUUGGUACCAGUUGGUUGAAAUUAGAGACAAAAUAUCCACAGGAAAGUAUUAUUUACCCAACUUUGUGCUCUGGCACAUGCGCAAAACCAUGUAAACACCUGCAAGACUUCGGUUAGUAUGCAUGUAUCGCGUGCGUGUACUUCCAUCUUGUGCACAUGCCUUGGGUCAUGUGCACAAGACGGAAGUAAACAAAUCUUGAUUGCCACAUAGACUCGCGUUUUGAAGUCGUUUAAUAAAUAUUUCCUGUGGAUAUUUUUGUCUUACAUUUUGACCAGCUGAAUGACCAACCCCAUGGACAAUCGGCAGAGUAAGUUCAAAUAUAAUUGUAUUCAACAUUCGUGACAGACAAUGGAUGUUUAUGUAAAUGCAUGCCUAUGCUAUACAUAAUGGAAGGCAUUGCCACAAUCGGGAAUAGGGCUACCUCUAAGUCAGCUUAAUCUAGUGAGAGGGGAACGGUGCUUAAUGGAUCUACACAACAGAGGAAAUUAACUAACCCCUUGAGAUCUGAAAACGUCCAACAAACUUUCAUUUAGGAGAGAACUAUUAACUUUAACAAGUAGUAAUAGUUCAGGUGUUUUGUGUAUCCUAACUGUAUGGGCUAUCCUUUUAGGAUGACAUCGAGGAAGUGUCCAAUGAUGGCAGUCAAGCUCCAAAAAGACGGCGCAUGGGUUCAGGCGACAGUUCCAGAAGUUGCGACACCUCCAGUCAGGAACUUGGGUAUGUGGUCAGAUCAUAUCUGAAGGCGUAGAUUGAAAUAUUUUCAUCACUACUUCCUAAUAGACCACGUCCAAUCCCCAUUACAAACUCUUAGGCUGCGUUUACACAGGCAGUGCAGUUCCGAUCUUUUUUCCACUAAUUGGUCUUUUGACAAAUCAGAUCUUUUCACAUUAGAUUUGAUUGGUCAGAAAUAUCAGAAUUGGGCUGCCUGUCUAAACGCAGCCUAUGUGUCCAAUAACAUUGAGUCCCUCUUUCAAAUAGGCUUAAUACUUCUACCCUGCUCUUAACCUUUCAGUCAAAUGUGUUUCCCCAGGCCCACAUACUUCUCAGCAGAAAAUCUGACCGAGUACAGGUGGCCGUCAGACGGCAGUGGGGAGUACUAUAUGUUGCAAGAACAAGUCAGUGAAUAUCUGGGAGUCACUUCAUUCAAGCGAAAAUAUCCAGGUAAUGUGACUGAACGUUUGGCAUGUAUGGUGUAGGAGGAUCAUUGUGUGUCAAUUUAAUGAUUAGGCUAAUAGGCUAUAACGAAACUAUCUGUAGAUUAUACUGGUCAAUCUCUAGCUAACCAUGCCUUAUUUAAAUGGUAAUAAGCCUCCAGGUUUGAUUUGUUUUUUUAUCCUCAAUAAUUGUUUUUGUAUGUAAUGUUGUCUCUGGCUAGAGCGGUCUACUACUUUGAAUUACCUAAUCAAUUCAAUCAAUUAUUCUUUUAGAUUUGGAAAGGAGAGACCUCUCCCACAAGGAGAAGCUAUAUCUGAGGGAGCAAAAUGUCAUCACAGAGACUCAGUGCACCUUGGGUGAGAACUGGAAAAACAUGGAAUUGUUGCGUAAUCACGAAGAGCUUGGAGUGCGGCAUAAACCACCAGGGCCUCAAGCCUUACCAAGAGUUGUUUUGGGGAAUUAGGCUAUUCAUGGAUACAUUCAUUAAUUGUGAAUCUCCUUUUCCAGGCCUGACUGCUUUACGAAGUGAUGAAGUCAUUGAUUUGAUGAUCAAGGAGUACCCGGGAAAACAUGCUGAGUAUUCUGUCAUCCUCCAAGAGAGGGAGCGCCAGAGGAUAACAGAAGAGUACUCUGUAAGUACUCUCAGUUCAGAGAGUAUCAUUGUUAGUACUCUCAGUUCAGAGAGUACCACUAACGUUAGUACUCUCAGUUCAGUGAGUAUCAUUAAUGUUAGUACUCUCAGUUCAGUGAGUAUCACUAAUGUUAGUACUCUCAGUUCAGUGAGUAUCACUAAUGUUAGUACUCUCAGUUCAGUGAGUAUCACUAAUGUUAGUACUCUCAGUUCAAGUUCAGUGAGUACCACUAACGUUAGUACUCUCAGUUCAGAGAGUAUCACUAACGUUAGUACUCUCAGUUCAGUGAGUAUCACUAAUGUUAGUACUCUCAGUUCAGUGAGUAUCACUAAUGUUAGUACUCUCAGUUCAGUGAGUAUCACUAAUGUUAGUACUCUCAGUUUAGUGAGUAUCACUAACGUUAGUAUGCUCAGCAACAUUGACACAUUUUAAUUGAUGCAAAGUUAGUUUUGUGUUUGCUGAUUUCUAGAUCUUGUUACAGCAGUCUUGGACUUGAGUUCCCCGAUUUGUAUAUUUUCACUCAUAGUACAUUUACAGUUGACAUGGUUAUUCAAUAUGUUGUUGGUAAGUUUUUAUUCUAUGUUUUUAUCUCCAAGAAAAUGCAGCAACAAAGGCCUCAGAAGGUUGAAGCCAGUAGAGUGCCAGAGUACAUACAGAAAGCUGCCAAGAAAGCUGCUGAGUUCAACAGUAACUUCAACAGGGAAAGGAUGGAAGAGAGAAGGGCAUAUUUUGACCUUCAGACACACGUACGUGAAUACAUUGAAUAUACACUACCGGACAAAAGUUUUAGAACACCUACUCAUUGAAGGUUUUUUCUUUAUUUUUACUAUUUUCUACACUGUGGAAUAAUAGUGAAGACAUCAAAACUAUGAAAUAACACAUGAAAUCGUGCAGUAACCAACAAAGUGUUAAACAAAUCAAAAUAUAUUUUAUAUUUGAGAUUCUUCAAAUAGCCACCCUUUGCCUUGAUGGGCUCCUGAAUGGCGCAGCGGUCUAAGGCACUGCAUCUCAGUGCUUGAGGCGUCACUAAAGACACCCUGGUUUGAUUCCAGGCUGUAUCACAACCGGCCGUGACUGGGAGUCCCAUAGGGCGGCGCACAAUUGGCCCAGCGUCGUCCGGCUUUGGCCGGUGUAGGCCGUCAUUGUAAAUAAGAAUUUGAUCUUAACUGACUUGCCUAGUUAAUAAUAAUAAUAAUAAUAAUAAUAUGCCAUUUAGCAGACGCUUUUAUCCAAAGCGACUUAGUCAUGUGUGCAUAAAUUUUUACGUAUGGGUGGUCCCGGGGAUCGAACCCACUACCCUGGUGUUACAAGCGCCAUGCUCUACCAAUUGAGCUACAGAGGACCAGUUAAAUAAAGGUACAAAUAUAUAUAUUUUUAUGAAAGCUUUGCACACUCUUGGCAUUCUCUCAACCAGCUUCACCUGGAAUGCUUUUCCAACAGUCUUGAAGGAGUUCCCACAUAUGCUGAACACUUGUUGGCUGCUUUUCCUUCACUCUGCGGUCCGACUCAUCCCAAACCAUCUCAAUUUGGUUGUGGUUGGGGGAUUGUGGAGGCCAGGUCAUCUGAUGCAGCACUCCAUCACUCUCCUUCUUGGUCAAAUAGCCCUUACACAGCCUGGAGGUGUGUUGGGUCAUUGUCCUGUUGAAAAACAAAUGAUAGUCCCAGUAAGCCCGAACCAGAUGGGAUGGCGUAUCGUUGCAGAAUGCUGUGGUAGCCAUGCUGGUGAAGUGUCCUUGAAUUCUAAAUAAAUCACAGACAUUGUCACCAGCAAAGCACCCCCACACCAUAACACCUCCUCCUCCAUGCUUACGGUGGGAAAUACACAUGCGGAGAUCCUCUGUUCACCCACACCGCGACUCACCCUCCGUUCAAGACACGGCGGUUGGAACCAAAAAUCUCCAAUUUGGACUCCAGACCAAAGGACACUUUUCCACCAGUCUAAUGUCCAUUGCUCAUGUUUCUUGGCCCAAGCAAGUCUCUUCUUUUUAUUGGUGUCCUUUAGUAGUGGUUUCUUUGCAGCAAUUUGACCAUGAAGGCCUGAUUCACACAGUCUCCUCUGAACAGUUGAUGUUGAGAUGUGUCUGUUACUUGAACUCUGUGAAACAUUUAUUUGGGCUGCAAUUUCUGAGGCUGGUAACUCUAAUGAACUUAUCCUCUGCAGCAGAGGUAAAUCUGGGUCUUCCAUUCCUGUGGCGGUCCUCUUGAGAGCCAGUUUCAUCAUAGCGCUUGAUGGUUUUUGCGACUGCACUUGAAGAAACUUUGUAAGUUCUUGAAAUUGUUAGUAUUGACUGACCUUCAUGUCUUAAAGUAAUGAUGGACUGUUGUUUCUCUUUGCUUAUUUGAGCUGUUCGUGCCAUAAUAUGGACUUGGUCUUUUACCAAAUAGGGCUAUCUUCUGUAUACCCCCUACCUUGUCACAACACAACUGAUUGGCUCAAACCAAUUAAAAAGGAAAUACAUUCCACAAAUUAACUUUUAAGAAAGCACACCUGUUAAUUGAAAUGCAUUCCAGGUGACUACCUCAUGAAGCUGGUUGAGAGAAUGCCAAGAGGGUGCAGAGCUGUCAUCAAAGAAAAGAGUGGCUAUUUGAAGAAUCUCAAAUAUAAAAUAUAUUUUGAUUUGUUUAACACUUUUUUGGUUACUACAUGAUUCCAUAUGUGUUAUUUCAUUGUUUUGAUGUCUUCACUAUUAUUCUACAAUGUAGAAAAUAGUAAAAAAUAAAGAAAAACCCUGGAAUGAGUAGGUGUUCUAAAACAUUUGACCGGUAGUGUAUACGUGUAGCUCUAUUAGUCAUUCAUAUUUUGACCUUCAGACACACGUACGUUAAUACGUUGUGUAUAUAUACAGUUGAAGUCGGAAGUUUACAUACACCUUAGCCUUGUAUACUCAGUGUAUCUACUCAAACAUAAAAAUGUUCUUAUAAACACAAAAUAUGAAUGACUAAUAGAGCUUUUCGUAUUUAUUCAAGGUAUUAACGUAGAGUUGAAGUCGGAAGUUUACAUACACCUUAGCCAAAUACAUUUAAACUCAGUUUUUCACAAUUCCUGACAUUUAAUCCUAGUAAAAAUUCCCUGUUUUAGGUCAGUUAGGAUCACCACUUUAUUUUAAGAAUGUGAAAUGUCAGAAUAAUGGUAGAGAGAAUGAUUUAUUUCAGCUUUUAUUUGUUUCAUCACAUUCCCAGUGGAUCAGAAGUUUACGUACACUCAAUUAGUAUUUGGUAGCAUUGCCUUUAAAUUGGAGGUGUACCUGUGGAUGUAUUUCAAGGCCUACCUUCAAACUCAGUGCCUCUUUGCUUGACAUCAUGGGAAAAUCAAAAGAAAUCAGCAAAGACCUCAGAAUAAAAAAAUUGUAGACCUCCACAAGUCUGGUUUAUCCUUUGGAGCAAUUUCCAAAAGCCUGAAGGUACCACGUUCAUCUGUACAAACAAUAGUACGCAAGUAUAAACACCAUGGGACCACGCAGCCGUCGUACCUCUCAGGAAGGAGACGCGUUCUGUCUCCUAGAGAUGAACGUACUUUGGUGCGAAAAGUGUAAAUCAAUCCCAGAACAACAGCAAAGGACCUUUUGAAGAUGCUGGAGGAAACGGAUACAAAAUUAGCUAUAUCCACAGUAAAACAAGUCCUAUAUCGACAUAACCUGAAAAGCCGCUCAACAAGGAAGAAGCCACUGCUCCAAAACCGCCAUAAAAAAGCCAGACUACGGUUUGCAACUGCACAUGGGGACAAAGAUCUAACUUUUUGGAGAAAUGUCCUCUGGUCUGAUGAAACAGAAAUAGAACUGUUUGGCCAUAUUGACCAUCGUUAUGUUUGGAGGAAAAAGGGGGUGGCUUGCAAGCCGAAGAACACCAUCCCAACCGUGAAGCACGGGGGUGGCAGCAUCAUGCUGUGGGGGUGCUUUGCUGCAGGAGGGACUGGUGCACUUCACAAAAUAGAUGGCAUCAUGAGGAAGGAAAAUUAUGUGGAUAUAUUGAAGCAACAUCUCAAGACAUCAGUCAGGAAGUUAAAGCUUGGUUGAAAAUGGGUCUUCCAAAUGGACAAUGACCCCAAGUAUACUUCCAGAGUUGUGGCAAAAUGGCUUAAGGACAACAACGUCAAGGUAUUGGAGUGGCCAUCACAAAGCCCUGACCUCAAUCCUAUAGAAAAUUUUAGGGCAGAACUGAAAAAGCAUGUGCGAGCAAGGAGGCCUACAAACCUGACUCAGUUACACCAGCUCUGUCAGGAGGAAUGGGCCAAAAUUCACCCAACUUAUUGUGGGAAGCUUGUUGAAGGCUACCCGAAACGCUUGACCCAAGUUAAGCAAUUUAAAGGCAAUGCUACCAAAUACUAAUUGAGUGUAUGUAAACUUCUGACCCACUGGGAAUGUGAUGAAAGAAAUAAAAGCUGAAAUAAAUCAUUCUCUCUACCAUUAUUCUGACAUUUCACAUUCUUAAAAUAAAGUGGUGAUCCUAACUGACCUAAAACAGGGAAUUUUUACUAGGAUUAAAUGUCAGGAAUUGUGAAAAACUGAGUUUAAAUGUAUUUGGCUAAGGUGUAUGUAAACUUCCGACUUCAACUCUACGUUAAUACCUUGAAUAUAUACGUGUAGCUCUAUUAGUCAUUCCUAUUUUGACCUUCAGACACACGUAUGUUAAUACCUUGAAUAAAUACGAAAAGCUCUAUUAGUCAUUCAUAUUUUGUGUUUAUAAGAACUCACUUGUCAUGUUUGAGUAGAUACACUGAGUAUACAAGGCAUCAGGAACAAAUCAAAUUUUAUUGGCCACAUGCGCCGGAUACAACAGGUGCAGACAUUACAGUGAAAUGCUUACUUAAAGCCCUUAACCAACAGUGCAUUUAUUUUUUAAUAAAAAAGUAAAAUAAAACAACAACAAAAAAGUGUUGAGAAAAAAAGAGCAGAAGUAAAAUAAAAUAACAGUAGGGAGGCUAUAUAUACAGGGGGGUACCGGUGCAGAGUCAAUGUGCGGGGGCACCGGCUAGUUGAGGUAGUUUAAGUAAUAUGUACAUGUGGGUAGAGUUAAAGUGACUAUGCAUAAAUAAUUAACAGCAAUUAGCAGCAGCGUAAAAAGAUGGGGUGGGGGGGCAGUGCAAAUAGUCCGGGUAGCCAUGAUUAGCUGUUCAGGAGUCUUAUGGCUUGGGGGUAGAAGCUGUUGAGAAGUCUUUUGGACCUAGACUUGGCACUCCGGUACCGCUUGCCGUGCGGUAGCAGAGAGGACAGUCUAUGACUAGGGUGGCUGGAGUCUUUGACAAUUUUGAGGGCCUUCCUCUGACACCGCCUUGUAUAGAGGUCCUGGAUGGCAGGAAGCUUGGCCCCAGUGAUGUACUGGGCCGUACGCACUACCCUCUGUAGUGCCUUGAGGUCGGAGGCCAAGCAGUUGCCAUACCAGGAGGUGAUACAACCAGUCAGGAUGCUCUCGAUGGUGCAGCUGUAGAAUUUUUUGAGGAUCUGAGGACCCAUGCCGAAUCUUUUCAGUCUCCUGAGGGGGAAUAGGCUUUGUCGUGCCCUCUUCACGACUGCCUUGGUGUGUUUGGACCAUGAUAGUUCGUUGGUGAUGCGGACACCAAGGAACUUGAAGCUCUCAACCUGUUCCACUACAGCCUCGUCGAUGAGAAUGGGGGCGUGCUCAGUCCUCUUUUUUUUCCUGUAGUCCACAAUCAUCUCCUUUGUCUUGGUCACGUUGAGGGAGAGGUUGUUAUCCUGGCACCACAUGGCCAGGUCUCUGACCUCCUCCCUAUAGGCUGUCUCAUCGUUGUCGGUGAUCAGGCCUACCACUGUUGUGUCGUCGGCAAACUUAAUGAUGGUGUUGGAGUCGUGCCUGGCCAUGCAGUCAUGGGUGAACAGGGAGUACAGGAGGGGACUGAGCACGCACCCCUGAGGACCCCCAGUGUUGAGGAUCAGUGUGGCAGAUGUGUUGUUACCUACCCUUACCACCUGGGGGCGGCCCGUCAGGAAGUCCAGGAUCCAGUUGCAGAGGGAGGUGUUUAGUCCCAGAAUCCUUAGCUUAGUGAUGAGCUUUGAGGGCACUAUGGUGUUGAAUGCUGAGCUGUAGUCUAUGAAUAGCAUUCUCACGUAGGUGUUCCUCUUGUCCAGGUGGGAAAGGGCAGUGUGGAGUGCAAUAGAGAUUGCAUCAUCUGUGGAUCUGUUGGGGCGGUAUGCAAAUUGGAGUCGGUCUAGGGUUUCUGGGAUAAUGGUGUUGAUGUGAGCCAUGACCAGCCUUUCAAAGCACUUCAUGGCUACAGACGUCAGUGCUACGGGUCGGUAGUCAUUUAGGCAGGUUAUCUUAGUGUCCUUGGGCACGGGGACUUUGGUGGUCUGCUUGAAACAUGUUGGUAUUACAGACUCAGUCAGGGACAUGUUGAAAAUGUCAGUGAAGACACUUGCCAGUUGGUCAGCACAUGCUCGGAGUACACGUCCUGGUAAUCCGUCUGGCCCUGCGGCCUUGUGAAUGUUGACCUGCUUAAAAGUCUUACUCACAUCGGCUACGGAGAGCGUGAUCACAUAGUCAUCCGGAACAGCUGGUGCUCUCAUGCAUGCUUCAGUGUUGCUUGCCUCGAAGCGAGCAUAGAAGUGGUUUAGCUCGUCUGGUAGGCUUUUGUCACUGGGAAGCUUGCGGCUGUGCUUCCCUUUGUAGUCUGUAAUAGUUUUCAAGCCCUGCCACAUCCGACGAGCGUCAGAGCCGGUGUAGUACGAUUCAAUCUUAGUCCUGUAUUGACUCUUUGCCUGUUUGAUGGUUCGUCGGAGGGCAUAGCGGGAUUUCUUAUAAGCGUCCGGGUUAGAGUCCCGCUCCUUGAAAGCGGCAGCUCUACCCUUUAGCUCAGUGCGGAUGUUUCCUGUAAUCCAUGGCUUCUGGUUGGGGUAUGGACGUACGGUCACUGUGGGGACGACAUCAUCGAUGCACUUAUUGAUGAAGCCAGUGACUGAUGUGGUGUACUCCUCAAUGCUAUCUGAAGAAUCCCGGAAUAUGUUCCAGUCUGUGCUAGCAAAACAGUCCUGUAGCUUAGCAUCUGCGUCAUCUGACCACUUUUUUAUUAACCGAGUCACUGGUGCUUCCUGCUUUAGUUUUUGCUUAUAAGCAGGAAUCAGGAGGAUCGAGUUAUGGUCAGAUUUGCCAAAUGGAGGGCGAGGGAGAGCUUUGUAUGCGUCUCUGUGUGUGGAGUAAAGGUGGUCUAGAGUUUUUUUUCCUCUGGUUACACAUUUAACAUGCUGGUAGAAAUUAGGUAGAAUGGAUUUAAGUUUCCCUGCAUUAAUGUCCCCGGCCACUAGGAGCGCUGCCUCUGGAUGAGCGUUUUCCUGUUGAUUUAUGGCCUUAUACAGCUCAUUCAGUGCAAUCUUAAUGCCAGCAUUGGUUUGUGGUGGUAAAUAGACAGCUAUGAAAAAUAUAGAUGAAAACUCUCUUGGUAAAUAGUGUGGUCUACAGCUUAUCAUAAGAUACUCUACCUCAGGCGAGCAAAACCUCAAGACUUCCUUAGUAUUUGAUUUUGUGCACCAGCUGUUGUUUACAAAUAUACACAGACCGCCACCCCUUGUCUUACCGGAGUCAGCCGUUCUAUCCUGCCGAUGUAGCGUAUAGCCCGCUAGCUGUAUGUUAUCCAUAUCGUCGUUCAGCCACGACUCGGUGAAACAUAAGAUAUUAGUUUUUAAUGUCCCGUUGGUAGGAUAACCGUAAUCUUAGGUCAUCCAAUUUAUUUUCCAACACCUGCUCUUUCCAUGACAUAGACUGACCAGGUGAAUCCAGGUGAAAGCUAUGAUCCCUUAUUGAUGUCACUUGUUAAAUCCACUUCAAUCAGUGUAGAUUAAGGGGAGGAGACGGGUUAAAGAAAGAUUUUUAAGCCAGUUGAGACAUGGGUUGUGUAUUUGUGCCAUUCAGAGGGUGAAUGAGCAAUACAAAAUAUUGAAGUGCCUUUGAACGGGGUAUGGUAGUAGGUACCAGGCGCACCAGUUUGUGAUAACUGCAAUGCUGCUGGGUUUUUCACGCUCAACAGUUUCCUGUGUGUAUCAAGAAUGGUCCACCACCCAAAGGACAUCCAGCCAAGUUGACACAACAGUGGGAAGCAUUGGAGUCAACAUUGGCCAGCAUCCCUGUGGAAUGCUUUUGACACCAUGUAGAGUCCAUGCCCCUACGAAUUGAGGCUGUUCUGAGGGCAAAAGGGGGUGCAACUCAAUAUUACGAAGGUGUUCCUAAUGUUUUAUACACUCAGUGUAUAUCGGUACAUUAAUAAACUGUAGUACUUAUCUAUGUGGAGUUGAACGUGUAAUUGAAUGAGUAAAAGUUUCAACAGUAACUUUCUAACAGAUUAUCCAAGUACCCCAAGGGAGGUAUAAAGUCCUUCCUCCAGAGAGAACCAAGACUGGACCCUAUCCAGUGGCCCUCAUCCCUGGGCAGUUCCAGGACUAUUACAAAAGGUAUGGUUCACUAAUCAAAAAACUAGUCUUCAUGAAUGCAGGUCCUGACCUCUAAAGAUAUUUGAAUAGCUGAUAAAUUGACGUUCCUGUGUUUGAUACAGGUACUCUCCCAAUGAGCUGCGCUACUUGCCCCUGAACACAGCCCUGUUCGAGCCCCCCCUGGACCCGGAGCUGCCUGCCCUGGACAGCGAUGGGGACUCGGACGAUGCAGAUGACAACAAGGGAGAAGAGGGCAAGAAAAAUUCAGUAAGAAACUGGAUCCUGGAACUGGUUUUACACAGCUAGAGAUGCGAAGACAUAUUGUAUUGUAUUACCAGUAAAUGCCUAGAGCUGCUCUGUAAGUUGACUUCAAUGUAAACUCCUUUGCAGCUUGCUUGAAUAGUAAGAACUGAAUUGUGUCUACAGGACAGCUCAUCUGGAAACACCUCAGAUGGGGACAGUCAGGACAGUGGAGUGCAGUCAAAGGGCAAGGCCAAGGACAGGACUGCCACCCCGGCUAAAGAUGCCACCCCACGCCUCAACCAACACAAAUCUGUCCCUGGGUACAAGGUAGAAGAAAAAAGCCCCUGACUUUCUCUUCCCUUUACCCUUCUAGCUUCUUCAGCACUUUCAGUAGAGAACCUCCUUUGUCCCCACCCUAACACACACACACUCCACCAGGUGGCAAUAGUUAUUUAUUGGGGCAACACUCAAGUCUGUGGACUUGUUCUGCCUUCCCUCUUUCACUUGGUCCAGUUUGUUACUGAUGGUUCCAUAUCAACCGUAUGGUUAAAAUGCUGAUGGUUCCGUAUGGUUAAAACUAAUUAUUUAUAUACAGUAUAUACACUAGAUGACUGACGGGGUUCUGUUUUGAAGCCACCACGACUCCAUCUUGACACUCCCCCACCAUUGUAAAAAAAAAAAAAAAAAGCUAUAAAAAUGCAUUUAUUAAUGUCUACAUUUGUUUUUGCCACAUUUAUUCUAUUACAGAAACAUUUAAUGCAUACUUUUAAAUUACAUUAUGUGAACUGAACAUAAAAAGUAAAGCUAAAAUCCUUAAUUGAAACAAUAACAAAGCGUACACCCCGCCUCUGUUUUGGUAAAAAGCUGACGAAUGGGCCUGGAGAAAUGUAACCACUCUCAGAUGAAUAGACAGAGCUAUGGAUGCAAGGACUGACCAUCCAUGAUACCAACAUUAUAGAUUGAACCAUGUUUUGAGGUAUACAGUGUUUGUUUCCAUUUACAUUGUUUACAAACAUUGGAGUAAAACAAGCUUCUAUUUUGGGUUCUGAUGGGGAGGACAGUUAAACUAAGCUCACGAGGCAUUUAGAAGUUAUAUUCUUCAAGAAUCAAUGGGUAUACAGUACUAGUCAAAAGUUUGGACACACCUACUCAUUCCAGGGUUUUUCUUUAUUUUUUACUAUUUUCUAGAUUGUAGAAUAAUAGUGAAAAUAUCAAAACUAUGAAAUAACACAUAUGGAAUCAUGUAGUAACCAAAAAAGUGUUAAACAAAUCAAAAUAUAUUUUAUAUUUGAGAUCGUUCAAAGUAGCCACCCUUUGCCUUGAUGACAGCUGUGCACACUCUUGGCACUCUCUCAACCAGCAUCAUGAGGUAGUCACCUGGAAUACAUUUCAAUUAACAGGUGUGCCUUGUUAAAAGUUAGUUUGUGGAAUUUCUUUCCUCCUUAAUGCGUUUGAGCCAAUCACUUGUGUUGUGACAAGGUAGGGGGUAUACAGAAGAUAGCCCUAUUUGGUAAAAGACCAAGUCCAUAUUAUGGCAAGAACAGUUCAAAUAAGCAAAGAGAAACGACAGUCCAUCAUUACUUUAAGACAUGAAGGUCAGUCAUUCCGGAAAAUUUCAAGAACUUUGAAAGUUUCUUUAGUGCAUUUGCAAAAACCAUCAGCGCUAUGAUAAAACUGGCUCUCAUGAGGACCGCCACAGGAAAGGAAGACCCAGAGUUACCUCUGCUGCAGAGGAUUAGUUAAUUAGAGUUAACUGCACUUCAGAUUGCAGCCCAAAUAAAUGCUUCACAGUGUUCAAGUAACAGACAUAUCUCAACAUCAACUGUUCAGAGGAGACUGCGUGAAUCAGGCCUUCAUGGUCAAAUUGCUGCAAAGAAACCACUACUAAAGGACACCAAUAAGAAGAAGAGACUUGCUUGUGCCAAGAAACACGAGCAAUGGACAUUAGACCGGUGGACAUCUGUCCUUUGGUCUGAUGAGUCCAAAUUUGAGAUUUUUGGUUCCAACCGCUGUGUCUUUGUGAGACGCAGAGUAGGUGAACGGAUGAUCUCUGCAUGUGUGGUUCCCACCGUGAAGCAUGGAGGAGGAGGUGUGAUGGUGUGGGGGUGCUUUGCUGGUGACACUGAUGGUGAUUUAUUUAGAAUUCAAGGACACUUAACCAGCGUGGCUACCACAGCAUUCUGCAGCGAUACGCCAUCCCAUCUGGUUUGCGCUUAGUGGGACUGUCGUUUGUUUUUCAGCAGAACAAUGACCCAACACACCUCCAGGCUGUGUAAGGGCUAUUUGACCAAGAAGGAGAGUGAUGGAGUGCUGCAUCAGAUGACCUGGCCUCCACAAUCACCCGACCUCAACUCAAUUGAGAUGGUUUGGGAUAGGUUGGACCGCAGAGUGAAGGAAAAGCAGCCAACAAGUGCUCAGCAUAUGUGGGAACUCCUUCAAGACUGUUGGAAAAGUGGCGCAGUUGUCUAAGGCACUGCAUCGCAGUGCUAGCUGUGCCACUAGAGAUCCUGGUUCGAGUCCAGGCUCUGUCGCAGCCGGCCGCGACCGGGAGACCCAUGGGCGGCGCACAAUUGGUCCAGCGUCGUCAAAGAUAGGGGAGGGUUUGGCCGGCAGGGAUGUGGGUUCGUUUCCCACGGGGGGCCAGUAUAAAAAAAUAAAAAUAACAUGCAUUCACUGACUGUAAGUCGCUCUGGAUAAGAGCAUCUGCUAAAUGACUAAAAUGUAAAUGUAAAGGAUUCCAGGUGAAGCUGGUUGAGAGAAUGCCAAGAGUGUGCAAAGCUGUCAUCAAGGCAAAGGGUGGCUACUUUGAAGAAUCUAAAAUCUAAAAUAUAUUUAGAUUUGUUUAACACUUUUUUUGGUUACUACAUGAUUCCAUAUGUGUUAUUUCAUAGUGUUGAUGUCUUCACUAUUAUUCUACAAUGUAGAAAAUAGUAAAAAUAAAGAAAAACCCUUGAAUGAGUAGGUGUGUCCAAACUUUUGACUGGUACUGUAUAUCAUUAAUUUAAAUCCCAAAGUUGAUGUAGCAGCUAAGGAUUCAAGCUUUAAAGUAUUAUUUUGAGAAAGUACCAAUGUUACUGUCCCCACUACAACAAUAACAAAUAUUUAAAUACAUGUAAUUUUGUCCUUGAAACAUUUAAUUGAAAUACUGUAUAAUUCCGUUCAUUCCUAUGCUUCUUCUGGGCAGUGCCAAUAUGGCCGACCGGUGACUUCAAAGCGUCUCAUUGGCCAAUACAUAGCAUCAGCAAUCCAGGGUUUAUAUACAUCAUUGGUUAAAACACUAAUGGUUCCAUAUCAGACUUUAUGAGCAAUAACAUUUUGGAGUAGUUCUGUCACAUCUGGGAUUUUGUCUUCACAGCACUUUUAAUUGGUCCUAAAGACUUGUACAUUUUUCACCGUAUUCUUUGAAUGUCUUAAUAUACCUCUUUUCUGUGUACUUGGCAACAGACUAAUUAAAGGGAUAGUUCACCCAAAUUACAAAAUGACAUUGGUUUCCUUACCUUGUAAGCAGUCUAUGGACAAGGUAUGACAGCGAUCCAUGCGUUGGUUUAGUUUCCAUGGCACUGUUUCCAAAUUCUAAUGUUUUAGCAUUUGUGGCACAAAUCCAUUUCAAUUCAUGGGACCGAUUAUUAGCUUUUUCGUGCAUCAUGUUCAAAUAAUUUAUAAGUGACUUUGUUUUUACAAUACAUUUUCAAUACUUUCGGAUGAUUUGGACGUGAUGUGUGAAAAAUGCUAAUAUCGGUCCCAUGACUUAAAGCGGUUUUGUGCCACAAAUGCUAAAACGUUAGCAUUUGGAAACGGUGCCAUGGAAACUAAACCAAACCAUGGAUUGUUGUCAUACCUUGUCCAUAGACUGCUUACAGGGUAAGGAAACCAACAUGUAAUUUGGAUGAACUAUCCCUUUAAGACAAGUGAUCAGAAAUAUUUGGCUGCUAGAUUAAUUGUUUUGAAACAUCAUACAGUAUUUCUUGUUAUGAAACAGACUUUAUAAGAUGCAUACAUUUUAUUUAGUAGUAGCACUUAAACUACGGUAAUACUUGAGUGUUUGAACGUUUUAUAAUUCAACUUAUGUUUCAGUACUUUUAAUGCAGUAUUCUUGUGCUGUAAAUCUAUAACGGUUGUUUUGAUAUAACCUUACAUACUGUUCUUUGUUUUUUUAUGAGACUGGAGAACACAAUGUCAGUGUGCCAGAGGCCUGUUAAUACAUGUUCUAUAUGUUGGCUUUUUUGCUUUCGAUUGCCUCUGAAAGUUGUUGUGUUAAGUUAAAAUUAUUUGAUAAGAGUAUGGCAUUUCUGGGAUCAACAUGAUCUACCUUCUGGCAAUUUACGCUCAUCUGUCUUACUGCAAGGGCAACAUGGGAGAUGAUUAAAAGUUUGUUUGCCAAAAAUGACAGCAAGAGCAGUAAGCACAAAUAUAUCUUGUCAUGGCAUGACUGUGUUAUUACUACACCACAUCCUACAUCAGGAUUUGAUCAUUGGUCAUUGAUUGAUGUGGAGAGCUCAUAACUUUCCACAGGGAUUGAUUUGUCUGUUACCUUUCCAAUCAGCAUGUUUCCCUGUUACCUUUCCAAUUAGCAGGUUUCCAAAGGGAAUUUGAACAAUUUAUUUUGAGUGCCCCAAACCAAACUUUUAAAUGUUUAAAAACGUUUCUCUACUUACCUUCCAUUUAUUGUUAGUAUGUAAUGAAUGUAAUUAGACUAAAUAUCUUAGAUGUGUUUGGAAUUUAACACAAACUUUACAAUAUCAGAGCUCAUUGAAUUUAAGGCUAAAGUCGAUACAGUACUUGCAGAAUAAUUACCCAGCCAUAGAUAACAUGGCCUUAAAGUUGACUUUAUUAUCAUUUUAAUACAAGUUAGAGUUCAGGAGCUGUACAAUAAAUUGAUCAUUUUCAUACUGGUAAUGGUAUGAAUAUCCUGUGUUGGCACUACACUGCAGGGGUAGCCUUCUGAAGCCUAACAGAAAAUAUGUAGCCUUUUCUUCUUAUUUUGCACCAGUCAGAUGAAACAUUUCAAGAUGGCAACACCAAACAUUUGACAUUUUGAAAAUGUAUUAUAUAUCCAUGAACACAUAGAAACCUACUUCAUACUCAUGGGCUGUGUCCUCCCAACUGAUUGCACACUUGUCAUUCCCAAUAUUUGUGCAGACUGUCCACCUAAGUAGGUACAGUUUAUGUUCAAUUUGUUCCCGACUUGUACCCUUCCCUCUUAGAAUGUCCAUUUGUCUUACAUGUUUGAUGUGAGUGUAAUGACAAAGGUGUCCCUCUGAGUGUCAUACCUUCCUUUUGGAUAAAUAUUUUGUUCUCCUAGUUUAGCUGGCAACCUUUUUCUGUGGAGACAUCUUGUAUUCAAUUAGCUGUCCUUUUAUUAAUUGAACUGUGUGUCUCUAACCUCCGGUUCGCCCUCCCACAUGUUUCGUCAUUUGUUUGUUUUAGAAAGGCUUUUACUGCUCUUAUCUAAUCCAAUACUUUUUAUGUAGGAAAAGCUUUGAUAUGUCAGUCUUUAGACACAGUUAACCAUUGAAAUAAAGAUUUCAAACAAAUAGACUGUUCAGAGAUGUUUUGAUUCUAUUAGCAGCACAGAGACUGAGGUCCUGUAAUGAAAUACCUGCAGGGAAAUAGUUUUCCUCCUGUCAGAAAUCACUUUGGCUAACUAACGUUUUAUAUGGAAACACCUCGGUGUCUACAGGAGGGACAUUCAAGUGUUUAACCUGUUAUGAGCAGCUGUGGGGGACACCGUGGCACAUCCAAAUGGAUCUUAAAUCAGCUUGACCUCUUGGUGUUUGCCUUUGGAGAUUUUGAGAUCCAAGUAUCAUAGUCUCCCAGUCCCCAUGAGACAAAAGGCUUUUCCUAGUCAUUCUUGUUUGGUGUUGUGAAGUAAGAAGCACCUAACAAGAUUGGAUCUAUUGCGAGUUAAAUAAAUUAAUAUAUACCUCAUAUCAGGCCUUUUAGGAUUUAACACGUUGUACAGUAUAAUGUGUGUUACCCAGAAGCCCUGUGUCACAUGGUGCAUUAGGCCUUGUUGCUAAAUAUGAUAGAAUUGUUCUGUCCUUGCAGCCUAAGGUCAUACCCAAUGCUAUAUGUGGAAUUUGCCAGAAGGGUAAGGAGUCCAACAAGAAAGGAAAGCCAGAAGCUCUCAUUCACUGCUCACAGUGCAAGAACAGUGGUAAGUAGAACUUCUGUUUUGUUUUUUAAUUAAAACUGACGAAUUGCACAGGCUUGUUCAUAAUGACCAUUAAGCCUCUAAAAUAUGAGCAACAGAACUUAAUCUGAUUUGUCGGGAUCACAAAUUGGAAUUAUACAGUGUGUUUUGGAGUAGUGCUAUGGUGCGAUCAUUGUGUGUGUCCCAGGUCACCCAUCGUGCCUGGACAUGAGUGAGGAGCUGGUGGGUCUGAUUAAGACCUACCCGUGGCAGUGCAUGGUGUGUAAGACGUGCACGGUGUGUAAGCAUCCCCACCACGAGGAGGAGAUGAUGUUCUGUGACAAGUGUGACCGGGGCUUCCACACCUUCUGCGUGGGCCUGGACUCCAUCCCUCUAGGUGAGCUCUCUCUGGGUCUGUUCAAAUACUUUAAGAAUGCAUCCUUCCUCCUUUCCUUGGUGAAAGCUUUAUGAUAAAUUCGUUGCUUGCGCCUAUCAAUAUAUGUUAGAUCAGUGAUUAGGAAGGAAGGGAGGGUAUGUAAAAAUAAAAUAUAUAUAUACAAAUCUCUGUCUUGCUGUUGCACUCUGUCUCUCUCUUUCUCUCUCAUUGUAUCUUAUCUUAUUAUUCUUUUAUGGACUUUUGGGGUGAUUGAAUUUCUGGUUUUAUGUGAAAACAACAUUAAUUUGCGUAGCCAACUGAGCUUGGUGAAUAAUGCUAAAUUAGAAACCUGUUUUUAGAGUCUUCCAAGACUGACAUUUUAAGAUUUUUUUGUGCUGUCAAGAAUGGUUGUGUGUUACCUCAACUUGCUAUAAUUAGCGUUGCUGCAAAUUAAACAUCGGAAAGUUCAUGUUUGGAAUGUGGUCGAAGUGCUUUAAAAGUGUUGAAAUCAAAUGUUGGAAAGAGACGGUUUUGUCUAGAUGCCUUUUAGUCUGAAAGAUCCCACAAUGCAUUCUGUUUUCUAGCCUUUGGUUUGAUGUGGAUCAACUGAAAUAUGUAACAUAAUUGUUUUGUGUUUUUAUCCUCAGGUUGCUGGGUUUGUGAGUGUUGCAACAAGGAGUUCACAACCCCCAAGAACAAAGGAGGAACAAAAAGAAAAACUAUGUCUAAAUCUGCACAUAAAUAGAAUGUGAUUACAGGCUGAUCAAAUCAACUAGCUAACCCUUUUGAUACUUUUUGUACUUUAGAUUGUGUUAAGAUUAAGUUUGUAAUCCUGUAUAUAUAGAUUUGCUUUGUCUUAAUUAUAUUUGAAAUGUCAUUGCCACUGACGUUAUAUAAUUUUUGCCAGUAAAUGUUUUUUUAAUGAUAUAACACAUGACUGUCCUGAAGUUUCAUUAAAACACAGAUGAUGUCCCAAAAAUGCCCUUCCUACCAUUGUGCAC